AAGUAAGAUAAAAUAUUUAAAAAAUAUAAAUGUUUCAUUUAUAAAAUAUGAAAAACAAAGACAAAAGCAUGCAAUGUGUCAAACACCUGGUAAGAGUGACAAAAUCUUGGAACGUGCCUAAAGAAAUGUCAGUUGAUGGAGAGCUGUUGGAGUGGAUAGACGUCAGUGUAUACUUUUACUUUUUCUAGUAUUCUUUAUUCUUCAAAAUGCCGUGGCCAAGUGAGAUUGGCAGUAAUCCGAAGCCUCCACCUAGGACAGAUGUUGGCUCUAAAGGCCUGAAAAUUAACCUGGAGACAAACUAUUUUCCAAUCAGUGUUAAAAAUAAGUUUGCAGAACUGGUUCAUUAUGAUGUCUCUCUAAAAAAACACAACAAAGAUGCAAAUCUUCCACGAAAAACGAAAAUGGAGAUAUUUGAAAAAAUGAAGAUGAUAUAUGAAAAGGAUUUCAAGAAUUACCCACUUGCUUAUGACUCAGAAAGGAAUGCAUACAGUGUGGGUGUCAUCCCUGCUCUUCAAACUCCUGAUUGCCAGAGUACUUAUGAGGCGAGUAUUUAUUAAAUAUGUAGAAAUGUGAUUUUGAAAUAUCUAAUGAUAUAAUGUGUGUUGCUAGCAAUCGGUUUGAGUAAAGAUUCUUUGAAGAGAGGUUAAAACAUUGAGCUUUCAUGCCAGAAGAUCACACGGUCUCAAUAUUUUUCCUUCUCCAAUUGUUCAGAAAUUUAUUACAGUUAUAGGCUCUGUACAUGCAUGAUGAAUCCAAAAUUGCAUUUCAGUAAGUUGUGACCUAAACUGCUAUAUAGUAUGUAAAUACACAGUAGGUUAUGAAGGUGUGCAUGCUGGAAAAGUCUUUGGUACAAGGAAUACUUAAGUGUCACAAUAAUGCAGCUCACAGCCUGGGGGACUGAGAUGCGUACCAACACUGUGGCGCUAUCCUUCCCAAC